AUGAAGGGAUUGAUAGCAGAAGUUGAAAGUGUUGGAUAUCAAGCAUUUAAUAUAUUAUAUCCGUUUUUCAAAAAUUUAAAGAUUAUUUCAAUACUUUCUAUAACAGUUCAUUUAGGAUCAAUAUUUCUGAUUUUCUUUCUUCCUUUUCUCGGUUCACACACUUAUGUAUCAGAAAAGAAUUUACAAUGUACAUUCCCGAAUAGGUCAUUAGGUUCAAAUGAGGCAUUAAAUAGCGCAAAUUGGAUAAAAUAUCAAUUAGAUCAAUUGGGUUUAGAAACUCAAUUAUAUUUUUUUAAUUCAUCAUUUAGUAAGAUUUGUUAUUGUGGUUAUAGGAUAGGAGUAAAUGUAAUUGGUAUAUCAAAAGCAAUUAGAUCAUUAGGUACAGAGAAUUUUGUAUUGACAACAUCAUUUGAUCAAUGGCAUAGUGCAGGAUCAGUUGGAUUUUUAAUUGGAUUUUCAGAGUAUUUAAAGAAUACAUCAUGGCAAGCAAGAGAUAUAAUAUAUGUUUUCACAAGUGAAGGUGGUGAAAUUAAUGGUGGUACAUCAAUGGAUAUUUCAGGUAUAUCAGUUUGGUUAAAUGAUUACUAUAGUGUUAAACCAGUUGGUUGGACUGCUGGUGGUGGUGAUCAUCAACAACAACAACAACAACAACAACAGAAAGGAAAUUCUUUAGAAAAUAAUUAUUCAUCAAAAACAUUAUUAAGAGCAGGUCAAAUUUAUGGUGCAAUUGCAAUUGAUAGGGUUGGUAAUAAAAAUAUGGAGAGAAUUUUAGUGUACCCAGAGGGUUUAAAAGGUGGUUUAUCAAAUUUAGAUAUAUUAAAUGUAAUCACCACUACAUCAUUCUUAAAUGAUAUACCAGCUGGUAUAAACACUCAUAUGGAUCAAGAAGCUGUUGAAGGUUCACUCUAUGGUUUAUUAAUUUUCAUGUGGAAUUCCGCUUUAUCAUUACCACGUUCAAAUCAUGCAAUAUUCACUCAAUAUGGUAUCAAUUCAGUUGGUGUCAGUACUGACCAUUCUCAUAAUGUUUGGGAUAUUGAUUUCUUAAAUACACCAUUACAUAAAAUUCAUAAAAAUAUUAAAAGAUUUAAUGAAGAACCAUUAAGUAAUACAACAUUUUUUAAUUUGGGGAAAAUAAUGGAGACUGUUAUUAGACAUUUACAUAAUGCAGAUGAACAAUUACAUCAAAGUUAUAGAUGGUAUAUGAUGGCGGGUGCUGUGUUUUUCAUUGAUUUGGGUCAAGCAUUGUUACCAGUGAUUGUAUUUAGUGUUGGGAUUUUCUUACAAUUGAUAUCGAUUUCUAUUUCAAUUGAGAAUAUUACAAUUAGAAUUCUAUUAUCUUUACCAUGGUUUCUAUCAAUACUUUUAUUUUGUUCAACUAUUUUAUUGUUACCUUGGUUUUUAUCAAGUUUUAAUUUAAUUCCAACUAAUGAUUUACAACCUGCAAAUUUAUAUAAAUCAUCACAGCUUUUAAAUAAUCUAUUCUCAACAUUAUCAAUUACAAAUUCAAUAGAGAAUCAAAUCAUUUUCUUUUCUUUCACUUUUUUUUUAGCGUGUAUUUCAUUUUACUUUUUCAUUUUAUCACCAAUUUCAAAAUAUAUAACUAAAAUUUUAUCAAUAUCUUUUCCAACUUUUAAUAAAAAUGAUUGGUAUGGUACCCAAACAAUUUUAUUAUUAUAUUAUGCAUUAUUGGGAUUAAUGGGUAUGAUGUUAAAUAACCAAUUUACAUGUUUAUUUAUUGUUUUAUCAUUACCAACAUUACAUUUUACAACUUUUAUAUUGGAAAAUAAAGUUAAAUCAAAACUUGUCAAAUUAAUUUGGAUGAUCAUUUGUUUGGUUUCUCAUCCAACGUUUUUAGUAUUCGAAUGGUGGGCACUUUGGUCAAUAGGUUGGAAAAAUUUAUUCAUUGGUAUAAUUUUAGCUUCAAAUAAUUGGGGUUUCUUAUUCUUCCCUUUUUUCAUAUUUGGUUUAGUACCAAUUUAUUUAGGUAUCUUUAAACUUUUAUUUAUUUCAACAAAAUCAUCAUCUUUAUCUAUCGAUCAUUCAAAACAACAACAACAACAACAACAACAACAACAACAACACACUGAUAAAUUAAAAUCAAAAUCAGUUAAAUACAGUAACUUUAAUAAUAAAUUUAAAAAGAAUUAA